GCGGCCGUUCUUUUAAAAUGGUGCGGUUUUCCUUGCGUCUGCCACCCUGUUUGAAAACAAAAAACUAGAAAAAUCACCGGCAUGUCCUCUCGGAUGUUUUUCCUGCUGAUUUUCUGCAUCAGCUUGGCAGUUAUUCACGCAAAUGUAGACGUAAGCUUGGACGGUCGUGACGUCAGUGGUUUCUUCCUACGGACGCAUCCUUCCGAAGACCGCACCGGUGCGACAGAAGACAAUGACGACGAGCAGCACCGAUUCACCCUUCUUCAGCCGGGUGUUGUCGGGGGACCGGUCACCUUGCGUGCCGAGUUCGGACCCUUCGUCGUGAAGCAGGCGGUACAUCAGCCCACCAUCAGACCAUCCAAUGUCAGCACUACCUCUGGCGAUGCACGCAUCGAAGCAGUUCUCCGACAGGAGGAGGAUGUGGUGUCGGCCAGAUUGGUGACGAGGGAGGUGAGGAGGGAUCGGCCGGUGCUGAGGGUACUCUUUCACAUGACCUCGGACAAGAGGAGGAAUGCGGGACCGACUGAUGCUGGCGCUGGAGGGGAUGGGAAGAUAUCGGCAGGUGUUGAUGACUCAAUCUGUAUCGUUCUUUACGUCCACAACAGGGACCAGCACUUGAUGGCCUCGUGCAGCCCCGUAGGCGGUGUGUGCCUGGCACAAGCGACCCUUCCCGUGGGGUGGUGGCCUCCUCUUGAGUCCCCAGCCUGGAAGAGCCCUAAGACUCAACGUACCUGGGUCAGGGUGGAAUAUGCCGUGCUCCGGGGCGGUGCGUUCGACUGCACGGACACCGCUGCGCUGCCUGUAUCAGUGCCGGCCGGACUGCCUAGUCUCUACCUGGACGAUGUCCCUCUUUCGGGAAGCCACGGUAGCUAUGAAGAGGUCAAAAGUGACGACGUGGUCCGGAUACUAGUACCACAGGGUCCAGUCUAUCCAAGAUCAAAAGUUUAUGUUCCUGUCUAUUUGCAACCCAAUCCUGUCUACCCGCCGUAUGUGUUUGUCAUUCGGGCCCGAGUCAAGAAUGGGUUGAGGAUUCUCGGCGCGCAGGUAUCACCUUCUUCUCUGUGGAGCAUCACUGUGGAACUGAACCCUAGACAGACGGUUGCCACGGUCACGGCCUUCGUCAAAGACACCACCACCAAGCCCCCGAACAGUGUCGAACCCAGUGCUCAGGAAGUGUUUACGUGGCUCUUCGAAGUGGAGGAAGGUGCAUCUUACAACGACAAUGGUCGUAUCACAUGGCAGUUGAGAUACAUGUUGGAUGCCAGCAUGGCAGAACAGUACGACUUCGACGACGACAAUACCAAGAUUACCUCGAGGCUGGACAUUCAUAAGGAUGAUGUGCAAGCCGUUUUGCCAAUCGCCAAGUCUAGUCAGCUUUUGAACACAGCUGUCCUCAAUGGCAAGCAGGUGUCCCUGCCCAUGAAGGUGUUUGUCGUCAGCCAAGCGGGAAAAGUGGGUGACGUCACUUUCCAGUCUUCGUGUCAUUCAGCUGAUGAAUCCAUACUCAAGGUUUCGCCCUCGUGUACUCUGGUGUACUUGGACGGUUCAGAGAUCCGUGGCUCACAAAACGCCUCUGUGCUGGUCAAGUAUGGAUCGUAUACCGGUCAGACCCACUUCUUGGUCUGGAUGCCAGAACUACCUCUCACCAUCCGUAUUUCCGACACCAAACUGAGUCAGGUUAAGGGAUGGAGGACACCUCACUUACAGAGAGGGAAACCAGUGCCCACUCAGACAGGAAGAAACAGUCGUAGAAAUACGUUUGCCAGUUCCUCUAGCACGAAGAGUGAUCGAUGGUUCGACAAGGAGGACUUUGAUAUCGUCUGUCGGCUCCGGUAUCAGCAGGGUCAUAUCGAAGUCUACACCAGGUUCUUCAGCGUCGAUCACAAUUCUGGUCGGGAAUCCUACCUCUUGAGUCGCAAAGCUGAACUGCGUGUUACGGAGCUGGUAGCCCCGUUUCUUCGGGUGGCGGACAUGCGCAUUGCAGCGCUCCGGGGGACGAUCGUCAGGGGCAUGCAGAGUGGACGCACAGAAGUACAGGUGUUGUCACCAAUUACUGGAAGGGUAAGUGGUGCCAAAGAGGUUCGUGUGGGGACAGACAAGGAGACCAUCACCCAUCUAGAAGUUACUGUAGUGGCUGGGUUGCAAUUGACAGUGAGCCCUGACGAAACCCUUCCCGGUGGAUUCGUGGCACAAACCACCAUCAACCAUAAGCUCACCUCGCAAUACCAGGAAGGACUGUUGAAUAUUAAAAUCCACUUUUCCGAUGGUACUUCUUCCCCUUUGGCAGACAUAGCAGACAUGGAUUAUCACUUGUCCGUGGACACUUUCGACAGUGAAGUUGUAGCUUUUGCACCUAUGGCAGGGCUUCAUUAUCCGAGGGUGAUUGCCAUUGCUAAAGGAAAGGGUGAUUUAUUGCAUGUGACACUAGAACUGGCAGAAAGAUGCCAGAAACGAAGGAGUCAACCUCUUGCUAUGGCGUAUGCUUUCAUAGAUGUAGAUUUUACAAAUGAAAAAUCACUUAUGAACGAUGUGCGUGUCAAGAACUCCAAAAACCUACUGGACGGUGUCAGAAAAAGAACGGACCAUGUAGAUUCCUUCUCCUCUUCAGACGUCGGAGAACCAUUCAUCACCUCCAACGACGUAAGUUCCAUUCUAUACCAGGAUUCCAUAUCACAUCGCGGGAAAUCCCAUUAUCAUGAGCCAGCUGUUCAAGCUAGGCAAAACCUUGUCCACACUUCAGAUCUCACGCCUUUGGAGAUUGGAAUGUACGCGUUGCUCGGUGUCUUCUGCUUAGCGAUAUUGGUGUUCUUGGUGUCUUGUUCCGUGUUCGCAGUGCGGUACCGCCGUAAGCAGGUGCCGCCUGUCACUACUACGGGGGAUUCGGUGGCUCACGCGCAUGACUGGGUGUGGUUGGGAAGAGCAACACUAGAAAGGAAUUCCGUCAAUACUCGUUGCUCCCAAACUCUUGUACCGAUGGCGGACUUCAACGGGAACCACCAGUCGGAGGGACUGGACACGAUCACCAAGGUCCAAAGGCGAGAGAAGAAUAACGGCACUAGGCAAAUUGGCAGCGGUUGCAGAGGCAGCAACUUGUCCUUCCCCGGCUCAGAAAUCAGCAUCAGGAUCACCAGCAAUCCACAAGAAAUGAAGGAAGAAGAGUUGGCCAUGCUGGAGAAGGCUACAUCCACUACUCCUAACAACGCUGGAAGUGCCACCGUCUCGAGAGAAAAGAGGGUUAGAAUCGUCACGAACCCGGUUCCUCCCCCCAUCAUACCACAGGGCAACCCCUUGAAACUCUUUCCGGCACAUCCGCCCCCACCUGUGCCACCCCACCGAAAUUUCCCACCUCCUAUACCACCUCACCAGAGGCACCUGAUGGGAAGAUUUCGAGACGCGGAAUGGGAAACGGUGGCUCAAGGAAUGAACUACGAUCAACUGAUCGAAUACUUUGAAAAUUUGAAAGAAUCGAAUGCAUGAAAGGCUCUGCCUUAGAGCAUGUAUUGUACCUUCUCCCCUCGAUGCUGGCAGCAUUUCGUUUCGUGCAGCAGCACGAUCCGUGGUGGAGUAAUUGCAGCAGAGUUCAGUCUUGCCACAAUUCUAGUCUACAUGAGCCAUACGUAUAUGUUCAUGCUUCAGAGAUGUGCAAAACCUGCUGUUGAGUCGUUGCACAUACCUCUCGGGUGGUUUUAUUUUACUUAAAAACUAAAGAUUGAGAUAUGUCUGUAGUAUCUAGUCCAUUAAUAAUCCGCCAACAUACGCUUAGUUACACAAUCCCAUGGCUCCAGGAAGAUUCUUUUUCACCUACUGUCUUAUUUCCUAUUAAAUUAACACUUUCCUAAUCAAUUAUAGAGCUGCUCUCGUAAAUGUGUUCGGUUUUGGUCGCAGUUUAUACCGUGUUUGUUUUGCAUACAUGUCUUUCAACUUAAGAUUUGUUACUGACAAGCACUCUGUGUAACUAUAGCUUUUCAAAGUGAAGUUUAGUGAUAAAUUACUGAAGUAACGGACAAAUCAAAAGCAAAAAAUUCUCGUGUGGAACUGUUUUUAAUCCUCUUGAAAUUGCUUGCAUUUCUGGAGCCUGUUCAUCUGUUGUUACCUAGCAAUAGUUCUGUUUUAUUUGACCUUAUGGUUUUCACUUUUUCUAAAACUAGGUUAGCUCUCUUCUUCAGUUUUAUUUAUUAUUUUUUUAAUUUAAUUACUUCAAAAUCAAUCAUAAUAGUGAUUUCUUUCUUGUAAAUAUAUCAUUUCCAUUUUUGAACUGUAUUGUAUUCAAAUAUAUUAUAUUUUUUACAGUGUACACAUUUCUGUAGAUAUCUAUAGAAAUUUCAGCUUUUGUACUUCUUACAAAUACGCAUCAUUUGUUUUUAAACAUGUUUUGUAAAUUAAUUUGGUUUUCAAAAAAAUACCUGUAAUGUUAAAAAAUAAACGAGAUUUUAAAAACUGAAUUCACGGAUUGCCUUUAAACGCAUUGCUAAUUGUUACCAUUGACUAUUCUAAAAUUGUUUAAUUUUCAAUCUUUGAAAUGUGAAGAAAAGUGAUAAUGUAGGUACGACUGCGGAUUUACGAUAUAUUUUUAUUAUUCUGGUAAAUAUAACGAAACAUUUUGGUUCUAAGUUCUAGUUUUAAGCAUCUCCAAUUCCCUAUUUUUACAGAAAAAGCGUUUAAUUUUGAUAUCCAGGAAACGAAAUAUAAAUCAAAAAUAUUUAUGUAUUUAACACUUAAAUAAAACCAGAGCAAAUUCUAAACGUAUUUUCUGAUUAAAGCAAAUCUUUAAAACGUAUUGUUAAAUUCUUGACAUUAAUAACUAGUAUGUUGUGGCCAUCACGAAACUUUCUUCUAUAUUUUUCUUUUUUUCCUGAUCCCUCCCCAUGC